AUGAGACAGAUAUUCAUUCAUGCACAUGCCACGAAAAUAUCAAUCUUGUUAAGCAACGGCGUAUCAUCAUUUAUUAUGAAACACAGACAUCAUACGGUUCCGAAGCAAUUUGAGCAUACGCUACAGAGUACAAAAACCGCCGCCAAACUGUCUACCGCAAAUGAGAUUAUACCCAAUUACCACGUCCAAGCGCUAAUAGGUCGGUGGCGCACGAGCCCGAUGAGCGCGUGCGCGGCGGCCGCCAUGCGCGAAAAACACGCGGCGCCCCGCCGCCUCGCCUCUCCGCCCUCUUCGCCCCACGAUCACCACCCCAGCCCGAUCGGCUCCCCGCGUGCCGAUGAGCCCCUCGAUCUAAGAGUAACGCACAAACGCCCGCAACGAUUAGAAGACGAGAACUGCAACUUGAUUGUGCCGUCUCCACCACCACACCCGACGCAUCCGGCUCAUCCAGCACACCCAGCCUUGCUCCAAUUCUGUCGACGAUUACCGUUAGCUUUACCGGCCUCUUUUGGCCGCUACCCUUUCCUUCCAGCGGCAGCAGCAACCCUGCUCGCACCAGGCGCGCCACGACCGCCACCUGUCCCUCCGAACCCAGGAGCAAAUAGAGCCCGAGAUCGGUACACAUGCUCAUAUUGUGGCAAGGCCUUCCCUCGCAGUGCAAACCUGACCCGACAUUUAAGGACCCAUACAGGUGAACAGCCUUACCGCUGUAAAUACUGUGAACGGUCGUUCUCCAUUUCUUCAAACCUCCAGAGACACGUGAGGAACAUUCAUAAUAAGGAGCGUCCAUUCCGAUGUCGUCAUUGUGAUCGUUGUUUCGGACAACAGACCAACCUGGAUAGGCAUCUGAAGAAACACGAAGCAGAAAAUGGGGAUGAAAGCCGUCGAAGAUCACCAGAAGAGACGUAUUUCGAAGAGAUCAGAUCGUUCAUGGGACGUGUGGCUCCAGUCCGUCGCGCCGCAGCUGCAGCCGCAAGCGGCGUCGACCACACCUGA